UAAAAAACAUAAUUGGGCAUCGUUAAUCAAAAUAUCGGAUCGUUACACUACUUUCGUUACAUCAUACUUCCUGUUUAUUUGUUUUUUGAAAAUAUAAUGUUGGUGUUUUAUUUUAUUCUUGUGCUCUUUGGAAAUACUGCAGCUGAAAUCUUUAAAGGGAAUCAUACUAAUAACUGGGCUGUGUUGGUUUGUACUUCACGAUAUUGGUUUAACUAUCGUCACGUAGCAAACGCGUUAUCAAUUUAUCGGAGCAUUAAAAGACUUGGCAUACCAGAUAGUCAUAUUAUUUUAAUGUUGGGUGAUGAAAUGCCAUGUAAUCCUAGAAAUCCACGACCUGCUACUGUCUUUAAUAAUGCUAAUCAACACAUAAAUGUUUACGGAAAUGACGUUGAAGUAGAUUAUAAAGGGUAUGAGGUAACUGCAGAGAAUCUAGUUCGUAUACUUACUGGUCGAGUUCAUGGAAAUGUGCCCCGAAGUAAGCAAUUAAUUUCCGAUAAAACUAGCAACGUAUUAAUAUAUUUGACAGGUCAUGGAGGUGAUGGUUUUCUUAAGUUUCAAGAAUCAGAGGAAAUAAGUAGUAUAGAGCUUGCAGAUGCUUUCCACCAGAUGUUCGAGAAAGGAAGGUAUAAUGAAUUGCUUCUUCUUGCAGAUACAUGUCAAGCUGCUUCUCUUUAUAAAGAUAUAUAUUCUCCUAAUAUCUUAGCUGCUGCAAGCAGUCGUGUUGGUGAAGAUUCAUUAUCUCAUCAUGAUGAUGCCACUUUAGGAGUUCCAAUAAUUGAUCGCUGGACAUACUAUUUAUUACAAUUUUUAGAGAAUUUAAAAUCUGAUACAAAAAAAACGAUGCAAGAUUUUUUUGAUCAAACCAGUAGUUAUCAUCUUGUCAAAUCUCAUCCUACUGUAAGAAAAGAUUUGUUUUCAAGACUACUAAAUCAAACAUUAUUAACAGAUUUUUUUGGUAAUGUACACUCAGUUAAAAUAACACCUGAGUUAAAGAUUCUUGAUAAAUUUUUAAAUGAAUCAAAUUUUUUUAUCAAAUCAAAAAUUUCCAAUAAACCACGAAAAAAUCUCUCAUAUCAAUCUCAGUCACUAGAAAUCAUAUAAAUUUUUUUUUUUUUCAUGUAGUUGAAGAGUAAAAUUUUUUCAAAUUUCAAUGGAUAAAGGUUGAAUGUUUUAUGUU